AUGGCAACUAUGACGUCCACACCGUCUUAUCCAACCUUUCGAGACAACCCAGAGAUGCGCGGUCGAUUUGACGAUGAUGCCGCAUCGAAUGCAAGUUUUUCGGGCAAACGUGGUCUAAACGAAAUGUACAAUAAACAAGAACAGCAGCGCGGUACUGAAGACGCAUCUCCAAAACUAAGGCCGUCGUCACUGCCAAAUGGUGGGCGAAUGCCUCCAUUGCAACAUCAACGUUCAAUGUCGUCUCCCGAAUCAGACAUGUAUAUGCAGAAUGAGGACUUUUCAUGUCCUAUUUGUCUUCACACGAUCAAAGAAGCAUUCCUCGGUAGAUGUGGACACUCGUACUGUUACGUGUGUAUAACCGGCCACUUGGAACGUAAACGUGAUUGUCCGGCUUGUGGAUGUCCUUUAAUGCGUGAUCAGAUAUAUCCAAAUUUCCUACUAAACAGAAUUAUAGAAAAAACUCCGACAACGCCCGGUAGCCCAUUAGAUGGUACCAUCUCGCCCACAACAAAGCAUAUGAGAACUGCCAUCUUGGCGAGUAACUUUAAUGCCGAUGACAUCAAUUCAAUGAUAGUAACGCUAUUAGCUAAGAAACAACGCAUAGAAUCUGCAGAACGAGAAGCUGAACUAGACAUUUUAUCGGAUUUCCUAUCAAAAGUCAGGGCAAAGAAGGAAUCGAAACUGAUGAAAUUACAACAAGAAAUUCAAUGUCUGAAUGGCGACCUGUAUACGAUCCAAGAAGAACUCAAACGCAUCACACAAAAGCAGAAACGAGCGGUAGUAUUUGAUGACGAGACGAUAGCAGACAAUGGAAGUGUCUUGAUUGGUGUUCCUUCAUGCAAUGACUCGGCAGAGUCUGACGUUAUUGACAGUUAUCAACAUAAGGAGGAUAUGGACAUGAACGUUGCAGAAUCACCCAGCAGUUUGAAUUCGUCGCCAGCUUUGAAACCGACAACAGUACCCGAGAAUAACGAAAAAUUAAUGGCCAAGAAACAAAGGGUGUUGGAACACUUUGAAGAUUUGACUGAUCAUUAUUUCUCGUGUAGGCUUAAUACUAGUGGAUAUCGAUCUGACGACGGUCUGUCAGACUUUUGUGAUUCACUAAGCACCUUUACCCAUUACA